AUGAGCGGAUCUAUAGACGUCAUCACUCAUUUUGGGCCAGAAGCAGAUAAGCCAGAAAUUGUCACUGCAUUAGAGAACUUAACCAAACUUCAUGCAUUGACCGUCGAAGAUCUUUACAUUAAAUGGGAGCAAUUUUCCAAUCAAAGGCGUCAAACUCACACAGAUUUAACUUCCAAAAAUAUAGAUGAGUUUAAACAAUUUCUGCAAUUACAAAUGGAAAAACGUGCCAAUUUGACUUCAUCCACUUCCAAGAUAAAUGCAUCCACCAAAAAACCGGUGAUUAAGAAAAGCUUAAAUUCAAGUCCCUUGUUUGGUCUUAAUAUUCCAAAAACACCGACUUUGAAAAAGAGAAAAUUACACGGUCCUUCUUCACUCAGUGAUUCUAAGAAAACGUACAAUGUAGGCUCUGAAGUAGAAACAAAUGGAAGGGGAAACAGUUCUUUAAAAUUACAGUUUACGCCAGGCGUUUCAGAAGAUGCCGGGGUUGACAAUGGUCCAUUGUCACAUGCUAAAGGCUCUGACGCUAAGACUCCCGGCUCAUCGACGUUCCAAACUCCAACAACAAACACACCAACUGCAUUGAGGCAGAAUGAUACUGCUGGUAAGAUUCUGGAUUCCCUUAACCCUGAAAAUAUUGAAAUAUCAUCUGGUAAUCCCAACGUAGGUCUUGUUUCAACUAAAGAACUAUCAUCCAAUCAGGUCAAAGUUGAACCAUUCUAUGAUGCUAAAAAGUAUAAAUUCAGGACAAUGAGACAAAACUUACAGGAGGCCUCCGAUGUCCUCGAUGACCAAAUUGAUUCAUUUACUAAGAUUAUUCAAAAUCACUAUAAAUUAUCUCCAAAUGACUUCGCUGAUCCAACCAUUCAAUCCCAGUCUGAAAUUUAUACUGUUGGAAGGAUUGUUCCGGAUUCGCCGACCUACGACAAGUUUUUAAACCCAGAAUCGCUUUCGUUAGAAACCUCAAGAAUGGGCGGUGUUGGAAGAAGAGUGAGGUUAGACCUAUCACAGGUCAACGAGCUUUCAUUUUUCUUAGGCCAAAUUGUGGCUCUCAAAGGUAAAAAUGCUAAUGGGGAUUACUUCACCGUUAACUCUACAUUAACACUACCUUAUCCAAACUCACCAGUGUCUACAUCACAAGAAAUGCAGGAGUAUCAAGCAAAUUUGGAAGGUUCUUCUUUAAAGGUUAUCGUCACAUGUGGUCCAUACUUUGCCGAUGGUAACCUCUCCCUGGAAUUAUUGCAAGAUUUUAUUGAUCGUAUAAACAAUGAGGUGAAACCUCAUGUCUUGAUAAUGUUUGGCCCAUUCAUAGAUAUCACCCAUCCUCUGAUAGCCAGUGGUAAAUUGCCAAAUUUUCCCCAGUUUAAGACGCAGCCUAAAACAUUGGACGAACUUUUUCUGAAGUUAUUUACGCCUAUCCUAAAAUCGAUAUCACCACAUAUUCAAAUCGUACUGAUACCAUCCACAAGAGAUGCAAUUUCCAAUCACGCUGCGUAUCCACAAGCCUCUUUAAUUAGGAAAGCUUUACAGCUACCUAAAAAGAACUUUAAAUGCAUGACUAAUCCUUCCUCUUUUCAAAUAAAUGAGAUAUACUUUGGUUGCUCGAAUGUUGAUACAUUCAAAGAUCUAAAGGAAGUCAUUAAAGGUGGUACUACCUCAUCAAGAUAUAGGUUAGAUCGUGUUUCCGAGCAUAUUUUACAACAACGCAGAUAUUAUCCCAUAUUUCCAGGCAGUAUUCGUACAAGGAUAAAACCAAAAAAAGUGUCCGCCAAGAAGGAAACCAGUGGUGUAGAAAGUAAAGAAGAAAGAGUUUAUGAACAUAUAUCGGGCGCAGAUUUAGACGUGAGUUACUUAGGACUAACAGAAUUUGUUGGUGGGUUCUCGCCUGACAUAAUGAUUAUACCUAGUGAACUACAACACUUUGCAAGAGUUGUCCAGAACGUGGUUGUUAUAAAUCCUGGAAAAUUUAUUAGAGCAACAGGCAACAGGGGAUCCUAUGCACAAAUUACCGUAGAAUGCCCGGAUAUUGAAGACGGGAAGUUGACGCUCGUAGAAGGUGAAGAGCCAGUCUAUCUGCAUAAUGUAUGGAAGCGCGCUAGAGUCGACUUGAUUACUAGCUGA